AUCAUCUCUAACAAGUCUUAGUCUCAGUCUUACGCUAACUUUACAUCAACAUUUAUUUUAAUAAUUUAAAUAAAAAUGUUUCUUGUAAAAAAAAAUCUAAGUUGUAAAAAUUUUGAAAGUUUAUUAAAACACAAUAGACUAAUUAAAAAAAAAGGAGUAAAGUUAAACAGUACAGCUGCAUACAAUGAUCCAAAUUUAUCGUAUCGUUCAAAUCCUGGAAAGGAGCCAAUUAUUGACACGACAGUUGGUAAAUUAUUUGAGCAAGUAUCAAAAGAAUUUCCAAACCGCGAAUGUGUUGUUUCUGUUGAACAAGAUAAUACUCGUUUAACAUAUUCUGAAGUACUUCAAAGGGCUGAUAAAUUAGCAGCAGGUCUUAAAAAAUUAAAUAUUAAAUAUGGUGACCGUGUAGGAGUAUGGGGUCCUAAUCAUUAUCAAUGGUUAAUUUCAUUUAUUGGAAUUGCGCGAGCUGGUUGUAUAAUGGUCGGUAUUAAUCUUGCUUAUCAACAAAAUGAACUGAAUUAUUCUUUAAAUAAAGUUCAAGUUAACACUGUUAUUGCUCCGCAAAAAUUUCGGAGCCAGGAUUAUGGCAAAAUGUUGGUUAAAGCUAAAAAUGAUUGUCCUUCUUUGAAAAAUAUUAUUUUGUGGACGGACGAAGCGAUUCCAGGAACUUAUAGAUUUUCAGACGUUGAAUCUCUUGCUAGUAAAAUUGAAGUUGAAGAAAUAGCAGCAACUCAAAAUGAAAUCUCACCUUACGAUGGUUGUAACAUACAAUUUACUUCGGGUACCACUGGGUUUCCAAAAGCGUCUUUAAUAUCACACAAAUCAUUUGUUAAUAAUGGCCGUAUGACCGUAUACAGAUCAGAGCUGAUGAAUUAUCACCACAAAGCUUGUUUAAAUGUCCCAUUUUUCCACGCAUUUGGUAUGAUAUACGGAUGUAUGGCUGCUUUUAAUGCUGGUAUGACUUUAGUACUUGAAUCUCCGACUUUUAAUCCCAAAAAAUCAAUAGAAACAAUUGUUAAAGAAAAGUGUACUCUUGCUUAUGGUACUCCGACAAUGUGGGUAAACAUGUUGGACAUGCAGGAUCGAUUAAAAGCUCCAAUCUCGUCAUUGCAUUUAACAGCAACUGGAGGGGCAAUAACUUCACCUGAAUUGAUGAAAAAAAUACGAAAUACAUUCAAAGUUGAAAAGCCAUCGAUUGUUUAUGGGCUCACGGAAAAUACUGCUAUUGUUUUUCAUUCUGUACCUGGUGAUCCACCUGAAUUAAAUGAUUACACUGUAGGAUAUCUUCAUGAUCAUCUUGAAGCAAUGGUUGUAGAUGAUAAUGGAUCCCCAGUUACUAUUGGAAAACCAGGAGAGUUAUGGACUCGGGGUUAUUCUACAAUGAUUGGAUAUUGGAAUGAUAAAGAGAAUACUUCAAAAACAAUAACUGAUGAUGGUUGGUUGAAAACUGGUGAUAAAUUUAUACUACAUUCUAAUGGAUAUGGGGAAGUUAUUGGAAGACUAAAGGAUAUGAUUAUUCGUGGAGGGGAAAAUAUUUUUCCUAAAGAAAUUGAAGGAUUUUUAGAAACACACAGUGAUGUGUUAGAAGCACAAGUAUUUGGUGUACAUGAUGAUGUUUAUGGCGAAGAAAUUUGUGCGUGUAUUCGUUUGAAAGACAGUAAAACAAAAAUAACUGGUGAUGACAUUAAAAAAUUUGCCAAAGGAAUAAUAUCUCAUUUUAAAAUCCCGCGUUAUAUUGAAUUUGUUGAGGAAUUCCCUAAAACAACCAGCGGAAAAAUUCAAAAGUUUAAAUUGAAACAAUUAAUGGAAUCUAAUGGACGUAUUCCUGUAUCUAAAUAAAAAAUUUUUAUACAUUGUA